AUGAUGGUGCAUUGUGCGGGCUGCGAGAGGCCGAUUUUGGACCGGUUCCUGCUGAACGUCUUGGACAGGGCAUGGCACAUCAAAUGCGUCCAGUGCUGCGAGUGCAAGUGCAACCUGACCGAGAAAUGCUUCUCCAGGGAAGGCAAACUCUACUGCAAAAAUGACUUUUUCAGGAGGUUUGGUACCAAAUGCGCCGGCUGCUCCCAAGGCAUCUCCCCCAGCGACCUCGUCCGGAAAGCCCGGAAUAAAGUCUUUCACCUGAACUGUUUCACCUGCAUGGUCUGCAACAAGCAGCUCUCCACGGGCGAGGAACUCUAUAUCAUAGACGAAAACAAAUUUGUUUGCAAAGAGGAUUAUUUGAACUCUCCCACUUUGAAGGAAAGCAGCCUCAACUCAGUGUCCUCAUGUACAGACAGGAGUUUGUCCCCGGAUCUCCAGGACCCCAUGCAGGACGACACCAAGGAGACGGACAACUCGACCUCCUCGGACAAGGAGACCACCAACAACGAGAACGAGGAGCAGAACUCGGGCACCAAGCGGAGGGGGCCCCGCACCACCAUUAAAGCCAAGCAGCUGGAGACCCUCAAAGCUGCCUUCGCCGCCACCCCCAAACCCACCCGUCACAUCCGAGAGCAGCUGGCCCAGGAGACCGGCCUCAACAUGAGAGUCAUCCAGGUCUGGUUCCAGAACCGCCGGUCCAAGGAGCGGCGGAUGAAGCAGCUGAGCGCGCUGGGUGCCCGCCGGCACGCCUUCUUCCGCAGCCCGCGCAGGAUGCGGCCCCUCGGCGGCCGCCUCGACGAGUCCGAGAUGCUCGGCUCGACGCCCUACACGUACUACGGAGAUUACCAAGGUGACUACUACGGACCGGGAGGCAACUAUGACUUUUUCCCCCACGGGCCGCCCUCCCAAGCCCAGUCCCCGGCCGAUUCCAGCUACCUUCAGAACUCAGGACCCGGCUCCACACCCCUGGGACCCUUGGAGCCCCCCCUAAGCGGACACCACUCCUCAGAAAACCAAAGGUACACGGAUAUGAUCUCGCAUCCCGACACCCCCAGCCCCGAGCCGGGGAUGACCGGUUCGCUGCACCCCAUCCCGGGGGAGGUCUUCAGCGGGGGGCCCAGCCCGCCCUUCUCCAUGUCCAGCAAUAGCGGCUACAGCGGGGCUCUCUCGCACCCCAACCCGGAGCUCAGCGAGGCGGCGGUGUGGUAG